AUGGAGAAUUCGGUGAAAUGCGUGUCUUGUAAGCAAUUCUUUGACAACCAUCAACACGUUCCGCAUGUUCUUCCUUGUCUUCAUUCCUGCUGUUCAACUUGUCUUAAGAAGUCAUCUAGACAGUCUAAAAUAAUUUGUCCAGAUUGUCAGGAAUCAUUUCAUCUUGAUGGCAAAGACAUCUCGAAAUUCCCAGUGGACACAUCGAAAAAGCAUAUGGUGGAUUUGUACAGGAUAAAAAAGACACCAAAUGAGUUUAAUUGUGAUCAGUGUGGAGAACAGGCCACUUCACGUUGUGGAGAAUGUGAGGAUUUUCUUUGUCUGGAAUGCGAUCAGGCACACCAGAAAACUAAACUCACUAAGUCACACAGAGUGAUAAGUCUAGAAACACUCCGAAAUUCAUCAAUCGAAUCGCUUCACAACAAACCAACAUGUCAAGUCCCGGGUCAUGAGGGUUACUCACUCGGAAACUUUUGUGCCAAGGAAACGUGUAACCAGCCAGUAUGUAGGCUCUGUGUGGGAAACGAGCACCCGGAAAGUGAAGGACACGUGAUCAGAGAUAUCAACGACGUUUACGUAGAAAACAAACGACUUUUAGAGGGCUAUCUUAUUCAUCUGCGACAGCAGUCAAAUGCAAUCGAACGAAAGAUGGGAAAACUUGAAGAAGAGAGAGAAAGAGUGAAGAUGAAAGACAAUAAAGCCGAAGAAGAGUUUGAGCAGUAUUUCCAAACGUGCGUUCUUGCGCUAGAAAAGCGGAGGAUGGAACUGAAAGCUCGACUUCAAAAUACACGAGAAAACAACGAGACAAAUCUAAAUAAACACAUUGUUAAAAUACAGGAGGAACGAAAACGCGUGAAUCAGGCACGAAAAUAUGCGGAAGAUCAUUUGUCAUACAGCGAUGCGGCCGAGUUUUUAGUAGUAAAAGACCCAGUAUUACAGAGGGUCAACAACUUGUCUCAAAAUGAUGUCACAAAGAUCAGCAACCCUGUCACUUCUUCUGCAAAAUUUGUGCCACAUGGUACAACCGAAGAUUUCAUGAAAUCGAUCCCAGGUGUUGAUGACGUAAUAGCUACGUCAGCGUAUUUACCAAACACGAAAGUAGAAACAAAUGACAUUUUCGUCGGAAAAGAGGAAACAGCACUGACAGUAACACUGUACGAUCAACAAAAUGUGCUUCUCAGAGAAACCGGCGUCAGUAUUUCUGUGACCAUCCUGGACCCAAAAGGCAGAACUGAGGAUGCCAAUGUUGAAGAUUGUUCUGAAUCUCACGGCUGUUAUAAAGCUCACUAUAAACCAACUGUUCCAGGAAAACACAUAGCCAAAGUUGUGAUAUGUGGCGGAAACCUAAAUAAAAAGGGAUAUCCAUUUUAUACACACGAAUCCGACGAAACGUCUUUGGAUUUGUCUGAACUUGAAACUCCCAAAUCAACUGAGAGAAAAGAAAGCACGCCUUCCGAGGGAUCCAUGUCUCCCAAAGAACCAGAACUUUUCUUUCCAGACAUCUGUUUCGACAGUUCCAAGUGCCAUCCACAAAAUGCAAUUUCAAAGAGUGAACAAAAGAUGACAAACCAAAAGGAACGCAAGCUAUUGUCUGGAGUAGGAAACCGAGCCUUUGUGAGCUACAGAGGCACGAUAAGUACCCGCCCACUCGGUAAAACAGGACAUCAAUAUUUUGAGGUAGAAAUCUAUCUAUUCAUAAAAAGACAACUUCGCCAAGAACUGAUGUUUGAAAUAGGCCUGUCAAGAAAAUCUCACAUCGAUAAACACUACACUAUUGACUGUCAUCCAUAUGCCUGGGUGAUCUGUGCGAGGCGAUGCUCCAUCUGUGAAUCAAUUUGUUUCCAGGCUUGGCAUAACAAUUCGAAACUAUUCCAUACUUCUUUAACAAAUGGAAAGAGCCCUGGGACAACAUUUCGAGGAAUUUACGGAUUUCUACUGGACACAGAGCAACAACAACUUUUUGUGAUAGACGCAAAAUUGAAAAAAUGCAUCUACAGAUUCCGAAAUGUGGAUACCAGCAAAGCCCUUUGGCCAACUUUUGCAAUUUACAAUCCUGACCUGGUGAACAUCACAAUGACACUUCGAUCUGGGAAUAGCAUCACAGGUGAACCUAAUGUUCCUGCAGAUUUCUGA